CGAACGAGGGGGGGGGGGUGUCUUAUCCUUUCGGUUAGUGAAGGGGCCGGGAGCAAUUCUCAUGCAAGACCUAUUCGACGGGCAGACGCCGAAGGAGAAUGGAUACGGAAUGGAGACCGAUUAUAAUUCCAUGGAUGAAUCCAGUAACAGUGGAACGGAGAACCAUUUUGAAGGAACAGAUGUGAAAGACAUGAGAAUAGAAGCAGAAGCUGUUGUGAAUGACGUUUUGUUUGCUGUGAGCAACAUGUUUGUUUCCAAAAAUCUCCCAUGUGUUGAAGAGGUAGCAUACAUAAAUGUGGAAACUAGGGAGAAGAACAGAUAUUGCCUAGAGCUAACAGAAGCAGGACUCAGGGUGGUUGCUUAUGAUUUUGACCAGAUGGAUGACACUUUACAGAAUCCCUACCAUGAGACUGUUUACUCUUUGUUAGACUCAGUUAGCCCAGCAUAUCGAGAAGCUUUUGGAAAUGCAUUACUACAAAGACUAGAAGAUUUGAAAAACGAUGGGCAGUCCUGAUUGAAUCCACAACCAAGAGAGAGCUCCAAAAAUGUUGUAGCUGAGAAUUUUGAGCCGCUUAUGCUGAGAACUUGCAAAGGAAUACUUUGUUUAACUUGCAUUCCUUGCUUUUAACAUUAAUUACUGUACUAGUUGUAAUGGCACUAUCUAUAACCUUCAUAACUGAAGCUGUUCUCAGUAAAUAACUCACUUUGUUCUCAAAAUUCCAAACAAAGUUAUAGUCUUGGUUAAUUUUCUUUCAAGUGAUUGAAUAAUAUUUCUGUUUUAAUCUGUAUUAACUCAGUGCUUAGUUUUAGCAAUGCUGCAGUUGGCAUUAAAUGUUUGUAACAAGAUAAUGCUUGUUCAAAAUUUGCACAAUACAGUCAUGUUUUCCAAGAGUAACUUGGAAUUUUAUGAAGAACAGAAAAUUGCCUUGCGAAGCUCAGUAAAAUAGAUUUUUCAUUUACAAUAUUUAUCUCCAAUUGUUGUGCAUUCUCUAACUCUCUAGGAAAUCAUAAUGAAUACUCACAAACAUUUUAAGCUCCACACUGAUGAGCAGUAAAAAGCAGUGUUUAUUGUAUGGGUUGCAAACUUUGAAUACUGAACAGAAGAUGAAUUGUUGGCAUAAUGAAUGUAUUCAUCAAUUGAAAUACAAAUGGUAUAAGCACAAAGAUAAGGAACUAAAAAGGUGCAUUCUUCAUAAAGCCCCAUAUUUCUUACAGUUUUUGCUAAAAUGGAAUGCAUAUUCUAUAAAGGGUUAUUUACAGUUUAAAUGUUUACACAAUGUACAGUAUAUUGGAAAGUAUUUUGCACGCCUUAAUUAAUAUAUUCCCAGUUACUAAAUAUUUGUAUAUUACCCUUAAGUAUUUUAGCCAUUGUUUUAAAUUAAUGUACAACACAAUUUUAAUUCAAAACCAAAGAGUCAAGUUGGAUUUGAAUUGAGAGAACAAUUAGAUACCUAAAUAUAAAAUUUGCUAACAGUGGUGCUGUUGUUUUUUGUUUUUACUGCUUACAAAAAGGGCGUGUUUUUAAAUGAAAGUUUAUGUAUAGCAGUCAUAAUCGCACUGUACACUGAUACUCUUUGCUAUAUAGUGAUAACAUUCCAAGUUCUCCGACAGAUGAACUUAAAAUUUGAAGGACUUAAAUAUAUCUUGCACCUUUGAAUUUAUUUGGGCGAUAGUUUUAUCGUAGCAGAGAAUUUAGUCCAAGAAUUUACACUUUUAAACUGUUAUAAUGCCAUAUUUCAUUUUGUACAUUUAUUUAAAAAUAUGAAGUGCACAAACAAUUAAGAUGUAUGCUCACAUUUAGACCUAUAGGAGGAAAUAUACUUUACGUAAUUGACUUCGUACUCCUUUGUGAAUAACCUAGCCAUGUUUAUUGUUUACUAAUUUAUGUUAGAGGUUGUACAUUUAAAUAAAGGCACAUAAAUGAUCUGUACAAUGGGUCUUAUACUCUUAGGACCCCAUCUCACUUUUUAAAAAAAUGGAGCUUUUGUUUGUAUGGGUUACAUUUAUCAAUAUUUACUAUAUUAAAAAUUA